UCACCUGGUCGGGGAGAGUAGAAAUCGGAGCUCGACGUCCGAAUGUGGCGACUUGGGUGCUACAUAUCUCGCAACCAAUUUCCGAGAUUCUGUAGCCAUCACGUCGUUUUGCGAGUGAGCCCCACAAUCCGAGCAUGAUAUGCACUUGGUUGCGGAAUUCAGUAGAGGACGUAGCAAGAAUUCGAAGCUGGGUAGGGAAGGAUUCGAAGCUUGAUUUGUGGGUUGGAAUUGGAUUUGCAGUUGUGGUGGGUUUUUGUGGGUGUGUUUGGUAGUUGGGUGUUGAAGUUUUGGGGAGGUGGGGGAAGUGGACAUGGUCGGGGACGAUGGCGAUGUGGUGGAGAUUGUGGAGGAGGUGAUCGACUUGAAGAAGUAUGUGGAUGUGGUGCGUGACGAUGGAGCGGGCGCCAUCGCCACAUUUCUGGGCACAACGCGGGACAUGUUUGAGGACAAGCGGGUGCUGGAGCUUCGGUACGAGGCCUACCAUGCCAUGGCGCUCGAGCACCUACGAAGGAUUUGCAAGGUAGCGCGGUCGCGCUGGGCGCUCACGAGGAUAGCGAUUGUGCACCGGAUCGGCGUCGUGGGUGUCGGGGAGGAGAGUGUGUUGGUCGCAGUGUCGUCUGUUCACCGGAAAGAAUCACUUCAUGCGUGUGAGUUCUUGAUUGAUGAGCUUAAGGCUUCCGUGCCAAUCUGGAAGAAGGAGGUGUACGAGACUGGGGACGCGUGGAAGCAGAACUCGGAGUUUCUGAGUAGGAAUUCUUUAGUCACGACUCCUGCGGCUGUUGGAGGAGCUUCAGAUGUGGCUAGGGUUUAAACUGGCUGAGCAAGGAUUCUGCUACAAUUUUAGUGUUUCUAUGUUUGAGUCUCUGACAAUUUUGACUUUGGUUAAGACUUGUUAUUAUCUUCGCUGUCUCUCUACAUAAUAACACGAUUUGGACCUUGAGCUUCGAAUGCCAUAAAUAGUUGCGUAUGUUGAAGGGAGGUCGGAAUUUGUAAUCUAGUUGAGUGCUCGGGUUUCUGAAAGUUUGCUAUAGCUAUGCUCACAGAAAUACAGCAAUCUGCCUAAGCUCGCAGAAAUAUGUUCACUAUGGAUCUACGAGGUUAGUGGGAUUGACAGGUAUCACUACGCCAAGUUACUACAAUCUUGACUUUCUUUUCAAUGGGCUGGAGUAUCAAAGUAGUGGAAAGUGUUGGUACACGUUUUACUAGAACUGGUCUUUAAAGGCGUAGCAAUAUUACGCAGACAAAUCAAUUCCAAUCGUGGGAGCGUUUUUGGGAUCUGACACUGAAUUUAAAUGUGAUGUUUGAGUUUUGGAAAAAAUAGUUCAUUGAUGGAGGCUAUUUAGCUUCUGUUUUUCUGAGAAA